UAUACACCCCCAUUGUCCCAAAUCUCCCAAACCAGAGCCCGAGGGGCAAAAACACAGACACUGUUUCAAGAAAAACCCAAAAUAAUAAGGCCCCAAGUGCUCUGUUUCCCCUAUCAAAAUCUUAUUUUCCUUUUCCUUUUUCUCUCUUUUUUCUCUCCUAGAAGUUAGACUAAUUCGUUCCCAAACAAAACAUGGAGAAGAAGAAUAAGACCAAAACCCCGAUCAUCGCCGUUUGCUGCAUCUUGUUGGUGGCAAUGGCAGCCACGGUGGGUGUAUUAGUCUGGAAGAACAGCAAGGGCGAAGUGGGAUCUACGGCCAGCGGUGGCCAGGUCUCCACCUCGUCAAAGGCCGUGCAACAACUUUGCCAACCCACGGAUUACAAGGAAACUUGUGUGAAUGCCCUCUCCGGCCCGGCCGGAAACACCUCCGACCCCAAACAGCUUAUCCAGUUGGCUUUCAAUGUCACCGUGAAACAUCUUGGUGAAGCCAUCAGGAAUUCUAGCUUCCUUAAACAGGCACAGACUGACAAGAACCCAAGAAUCCAAGACGCCCUGGAAAACUGCCGGGAGUUGCUGGAAUUCUCCAUCAACGACCUCCAUAAGUCCUUCGACGCGUUUGGAUCCUUGGACGUCACGAGACUCAACGACUACGUGACCGACCUCAAAACCUGGCUCUCCGGUGCCAUCACCUACCAACAAACCUGCCUUGAAGGCUUCGAAAACACCACCGGCGACACCGGCGAGCAGAUGAAGAAGUACCUAAAACUCUCCGGCGAGCUCACCAGCAAUGGCCUCGCCAUCAUCACCGAGCUCUCAAAAGCCCUCUCGUCCUACAAUGUCCAUAGCCCCACCGGGAGCCGGAAACUCCUGUCGGAUGAAAUCUCCGGCGGGUUCCCGACGUGGUUGAGUGCUGGACGGCGGGAGCUGCUUCAGGCGAGCUUGGCGGCAGUGAAGCCGAAUGUGGUGGUGGCUCAAGAUGGGUCUGGAAAAUACAAGACUAUAAAUGAAGCAUUAAAAGACAUUCCUCUAAAGGGGAAUAACAGUACAUUUGUGAUAUACGUCAAGGCUGGUGUUUAUAAGGAGAACGUGAAUAUCACAAAGUCUAUGGACAAUCUUUAUUUGAUCGGAGAUGGACCCACAAAGACGACGAUCACCGGAAGUAGGAGCUAUGUUGGUGGAUACAAUACCUACAAGACUGCAACUUUUUCGGUUGAUGGAGAUCAUUUCAUGGCCAAGGACAUUGGGUUUGAGAACAGCGCAGGAGGAGAGAAGCACCAGGCCGUGGCGCUCCGUGUAUCGUCCGACCGGGCAGUCAUUUACAACUGCCAAAUCGACGCCUACCAAGACACCCUCUAUGCCCACGUCCACCGGCAGUUCUACCGCGACUGCACCAUCUCCGGCACUGUUGACUUCAUCUUCGGCAACGCCGCCGUGGUCUUCCAGAACUGCAAGAUGGUGAUCAGGAAGCCACUCGACAACCAGAGCUGCAUGGUCACUGCCCAGGGAAGAACCGACAAGCGUGGGACUACAGGAAUCGUGCUCCAGAACUGCACCAUCACAGCUGCACCAGAAUACAUCGCGGUCCAAUCGCAAUUCAAGUCGUACCUCGGACGGCCAUGGAAAAAUUUCUCAAGGACGGUGGUCAUGCAGUCCCAAAUCAACAGCGUGAUCGACCCGGCCGGAUGGGCCGAAUGGAUGGGCAAUGUCAACCUCGACACGCUAUGGUAUGCCGAGGUCGACAACAGAGGGCCCGGUGCCGUUCAGACUAACAGGGUGAAGUGGCCUGGCAUUAAGAAGAUUGCUACCAAGGACGCCGAGAUGUUCACCGCCGCCAAAUUCAUCGGCGGCGAUUCUUGGAUUCCGGCAACGGGAGUUCCGUAUGCCGCCGGCAUGAUGAAUGUUUGAUUUGGUUGUGGAAUGGGAGAUGGAAGAACAUGUAAUAUGUGUUAGUUCAUUGCGACAAUAUAUAUAUAUUGGAAACUGGAAAAGGGAAUUUAAUUAUGGUCAUUCCAUUCAUUAAUUAAUUAAUGGGGUUAUUUUUCACUCUCCCUGUUUCUAUAUCUUGCACGUCAUUUUUAAAGAUUUUUUCAUUUCAGUGAAUUUACUACUACAUUGUUAUUCUAAUGUGUGAAUGAAAAAAUUAAUGAAAUGAAUUGAUAA